AGCGGGGCCCGGAGGAGAGACCCCCCGGAGAGGGAGAGAGGUGCGGACUCAUCGGGCCGUGCGGAUGCGGACCGGCCGCUGAGCCCACCCCGCCGACCCCGACGAGAGGGAGACGGUCUCACAAUGAAGCCCCUCGCUGUUCACAUUCCUGGAAUUGUGGUGCUGUUGUUCACUUUAGUUCAGAGGAGCAGCGAAGAGUGCAGAGAAGCCCUGAGGAGGUCAGGGACGGACGUCAACAUGAGCUACUCUCUGCCCCACUUCAUCGCUAAUACCACCCUCCGGAACAUCGUCGCCCACCAGGGUUACCUCUAUCUGGGCGCGGUCAACAAGAUUUACGUCUUGGACGAAAACCUCCAGAACGCCGUAGAGUAUACGACCGGGCCGCUGUUGGAACAUCCCGACUGCGAUCCGUGUCAGAACUGCUCCGCCAUAACCCGUUCGUCGGAAACGGGCUUGAGGGAUAACGUCAACAUGGCCCUGCUGAUCGAGUCCUACUACUACGACAACAGCCAACUGAUCAUCUGCGGGACCGUGGAUCGAGGGGCCUGCUGGAGGUUCGUCUUGCCUCUGGGGGAUCCGGUCGACUUCCACUCCAAAAAGCACUGCAUGUUCUCCCGCAAGGCCGACGAAGAGUCCAGGGACUGCCCCGACUGCAUCGUGAGCACCCUGGGAACCAAAGUCCUGCUGAUCGAGAAAGGCCGAUUUGUCAACUUCUUUGUGGGCAAUACCAUCAACUCGUCCUCUCACCCUUUCUCGUCUCUGCAUUCCAUCUCCGUGAGGCGGCUGAAGGAAACUCUGGAUGGCUUUAAGUUCUUGACGGAUCAGUCUUACAUCGACGUUCUGCCGCAGUUCCGAGAUUCGUACCCCAUCAAGUACAUCCACGCUUUCGAGAGCAAUCACUUUAUCUAUUUCUUGACCGUACAGAAAGAAACUCUGGAAUCCCAAACUUUCCACACGAGAAUCAUCCGGUUCUGCUCAAUGGAUUCAGAAUUACAUUCCUACAUGGAAAUGCCUCUCGAAUGCAUCCUCACCGAGAAGAGGAGGAGGAGGUCCGCGAGCAAGGAAGUGUUCAAUGUACUCCAGGCUGCCUAUGUCAGUAAGCCAGGGGCCCAUCUGGCUCGGCAAAUAGGAACCGAAUUAAACGAUGACAUUCUCUACGGGGUGUUCGCGCAGAGUAAGCCAGACUCCGCAGAACCCAUGAACCGAUCUGCUAUCUGCGCCUUCCCCAUCAAAUACAUCAAUGAGUUCUUCCACAAGAUUGUCAACAAGAACAACGUGAGGUGUCUGCAGCAUUUUUAUGGGAACCACCACAAGCACUGUGUGAAUAGGACGUUCCUACGGAAUUCUUCGAGCUGCGAGGUGCGCGAUGAUGAGUACCGCAUGGAGUUCACCACCCCUUUACAGCGCGUCGACCUGUCCAUGGGGAAGUUCAGUCAUGUCCUCCUGACGUCGAUAUCCACCUUCAUCAAAGGGAACCUCACCGUGGCCAAUCUUGGCACCGCCGAGGGGAGAUUCAUGCAGGUUGUGAUUUCUCGCUCGGAUCCACCCUCCCCUCAUGUGGAUUUUCUCCUGGACAACCACCCGGUCUCCCCCGAAGUCAUCGUGGCCAACUCUUCAAUGCCAGAUGGCUACACACUGGUCAUCACGGGCAAGAAGAUAACGAAGAUCCCGCUGAAUGGCCUUGGCUGUGAUCACUUCAAGUCCUGCAGGCAGUGUCUGUCGGCUCCCUCUUUCGUGCAGUGCGGUUGGUGUGACGAUCGAUGCACUACAGCAGAGAAGUGUGAUUAUGGGCUGUGGACCCAAGACUCCUGCCCACCCACAAUUUUUGAGAUAAUUCCCAGCAGUGCACCCCUGGAAGGAGGGACCAUGCUGACUGUGUGUGGCUGGGACUUUGGAUUCCAAAAGAAUAACAAGUUCGAGCUGAGGAAAACCAAGGUGCUCAUCGGCAACCAGAGCUGCACUCUGUUCUUCAACGAGAGCUCCACAAACAAGCUGAAAUGCACAGCAGGGCCUUCCACCCAGCCCCGCCUCAACAUCUCCAUCAGUGUUUCCAACGCCCAAGGCGGAAGACGAUCCAAAACGUUCUCGUACGUGGACCCUAAGAUAACCAGUAUUUCUCCCCGCUAUGGUCCCAUAGCUGGAGGAACUUUACUCACCUUAACUGGAAAGUACCUGAACUGUGGAAAUUCCAGACACAUUUCCAUCGGCGGAAAAACAUGCACCUUGAGGAGUGUGUCAGAACACGUUCUGGAAUGCUACACGCCAGCCCAGACCAUUCCCACCCUCUACGCGGUUAAGAUGAAGAUCGACUUGGCCAAUCGCGAAGCCGGCACUUUCAUCUACAAAGAGGACCCCGUCGUCCAUGAGAUUCACCCAACCAAAUCAUUCCUUAGUGGCGGAAGCACCAUCACCGGAUUUGGGAAAAACCUCAAUGGAUCCAGUGUUCCUAAGAUGAUUAUCCGAGUCGCAGAAGUGGGCAGGAACUUCACAGUAGCAUGCCAAAGUCGUUCUAAUGCAGAAAUAAUCUGUUGUACGACUCCUUCACUGCAGCAACUAAAUCUGCCACCCCCCUUCAAAACGAAAGCAUUUUUUGUAUUUGAUGGCGUCCAGUCUGCUAACUUUGACCUCAUUUAUGUGCACAAUCCAGUGUUUAAGCCGUUUGAAAAGCCAGUGAUGAUCUCAAUGGGCAACAAACAUGUACUGGAAAUUAAGGGAGACCAUAUUGAUUCUGAAGCUGUCAAAGGGGAGGUGCUGAAAGUUGGAAAUAAAAGCUGUGAGAACGUCCUCUUGAACUUGGAAUCUGUUCUCUGCACAGUCCCCAGGGACCUGCUGAAAGUGAAUACGGAGUUAAAUAUAGAGUGGCAGCAGGCGGUCUCCUCGACCAUCCUUGGAAAGGUGAUUGUUCUCCCUGACCAGAAUUUCACAGGACUAAUCGCCGGAGUGGCCUCAAUCUCGGUCUUACUCUUGUUAUUCCUGGGGCUCUUUCUGUGGAUGAAAAAGAAGAAACAAAUUAAAGAUCUGGGCAGUGAAUUAGUUCGCUAUGACCCAAGAAUUCACACGCCUCACCUGGACCGCCUUGUAAGCGCCAGGAGUAUCAGCCCCACGGCGGAAAUGGUUUCCAAUGAAUCUGUGGACUACCGAGCGACGUUCCCAGAAGAUCAGUUUCCCAAUUCCUCUCAGAACGGAUCGUGCAGACAAGCCCAUUAUCCACUGGCCGACCUUUCACCCAUUCUCUCCAGUGGGGACUCCAACCCAUCGAGCCCGCUUCUACAGAGCAACGUUCAUAUUGACAUCAGCGCCCUGAACCCAGGUCUAGUCCAAGCCGUUCAGCAUGUGGUGAUCGGACCAGACAGCCUGAUGGUGCAUUUCAGUGAAAUCAUAGGAAGAGGUCAUUUUGGGUGUGUGUAUCACGGAACUCUGUUGGAUAAUGACAAAAAAAUCCACUGUGCUGUGAAAUCCUUGAAUAGAAUCACCGACAUCGAGGAAGUGUCACAGUUCCUCACCGAGGGGAUCAUCAUGAAGGAUUUCAGCCACCCCAACGUCCUCUCGCUGCUGGGGAUCUGCCUCCGCCGGGAGGGGUCCCCCCUGGUGGUCUUACCCUACAUGAAGCACGGAGACCUGCGCAACUUCAUAAGGAACGAAUCACACAAUCCCACCGUGAAAGACCUCAUCGGAUUUGGCCUCCAAGUGGCCAAAGGUAUGAAAUACCUAGCCAGCAAAAAGUUUGUCCACCGAGACUUGGCUGCCCGUAAUUGUAUGCUGGAUGAAAAAUUCACUGUCAAGGUGGCUGAUUUUGGCCUGGCCCGAGAUAUGUACGAUAAAGAAUAUUACAGCGUGCACAAUAAAACGGGAGCCAAGCUGCCUGUGAAAUGGAUGGCUCUCGAAAGUCUGCAGACACAGAAGUUCACCUCCAAGUCAGAUGUGUGGUCCUUCGGCGUCCUUCUCUGGGAGCUGAUGACUCGAGGCGCUCCCCCAUAUCCCGACGUGAACACUUUCGAUAUAACGGUCUACCUGCUGCAAGGAAGGAGGCUGCUGCAGCCAGAAUACUGCCCAGACCCACUGUUUGAAGUCAUGCUAAAAUGCUGGCAUCCCAACGCUGAAAUGCGCCCGUCCUUCUCGGAACUGGUUUCAAAGAUAGCGGUCAUCUUCUCCACUUUCAUCGGCGAGCACUACGUCCACGUGAAUGCCACCUACGUCAACGUCAAGUGCGUGGCACCCUACCCAUCCCUCCUGUCCUCUCAGGACGCCCCAGACAGGGUCGUGGACACAUGACGAUGUCCCCCUUGCCUUGUUUGGCCAGAGACACCCCUGUGGUGGUUCCCAAAAGUCAACGUUCUUGUCCACUGUCUGUUUUUGAGGUCUGUAUUUUUUAUUUUUUGUGGGGAAAACCCCGCUUCCCCAAACCGCCCACCCGUGGGGGUUGUUUACUGCCUACAUUGCACUAGGGUAAGGAUUGGAUGAUAGGUUAUCGAAAGCAAGAAAUUCAGCUUUUCCAGGAUCCAUUCCUACGGGCCCAGCCGUGGCCUUGGUUCAACGAUGCUGGCCCCACAUCCACUCGGUUCUCCACGUAUAGGGGCGGCAAGAGCCUGGAGGUUUGCUAGACCAGCAGUGGACGACGGUAGAUCCCUGGCCGACACCAUGCCUAGCCAAGGUCCGGGGAUCGGGACACCCUCAGGUGGAAGCCUGAAGACCCGGGACUUUGCCCUGAGGGUCCCGCCAAAGUCUGAACUGCCACUGGGCAGGUGGAGACCAUGUUUCGAACUCAAAAUGUCCACGUGGGGUCAUGGAGGCUCCAACGCCGUUCAUCAUUAAUCUUAAUUACCGCGUCCAUUAAGCUGAAAGGGAGCUCUUCCACAGUUACCCGGUCCAGGGAUAAAAUCAUAAAUAACGUGGUCAGUGCUGCCUAUGAGCAUGACACAGGAUGAAUGCCUUUUUUAAGUAAACAUGAGUACUUGCCUGUUGAACCCAGAGGACUCUAAAUGAUCUCCGUAUGGAAAGUAUUCAGCAUGGCGCAUUGUCGUCAUCUGGAAAUCAACCGUCCGAUAAGCAAUGCUCGUUCGAGCUCCGAUUUCACAGGGGCGGUCGGAUCGGGGGUUCCCGGAGAACCUUAUAAAACGAGGCUGACUAUUCUCCGGAAAGAAAAUCGGGGCAUGCGGUUUGUAAAUAUUUCUGAGACGGGCAGAGAAACCCAUUUGAGAAAACAUUAGUAGCCGAGGCUUCUGGCCUUUUAGGAUGGAGUACUGUAGCUUUAGAGAGGACAAGUGUGGGGUGUUGUUCCUGGGGAAUAUUCUGUGCUGACUACUGUAAAGCGCAUGUGGUGUAGGUUAUUAUCACAGGUUUUGUGGGGGUCGACGCUUAAAGUUUUAUAUUUUUAUAAAAAAAAUGUUUAUUUUUAAUGACGUAUAAUUGUUGGGCCACAAAAUACUGCACUGUGAACAUUUCCGAAAGGGUCUGUCGGACUCGGAUUUAUGAUUUGGGAUUUCAGAACCGCUGUUGAUUGUGAUACAGCGGCUAAUACCCUCUCGCCCCUCCACUGGUUGCCCCUGGCUUGAACCCAAGGAUUAACUCCGUGAGCAAUGCUGAGGGGAUGUUACCCUGAAGCUGAUUUUGAGAAAGACUGACUGUUCUCAGGAGACAGGAUUAAAACGGGAGGCUUUCUGAUGAGUGUGGGGCACGUCUACAGGUACAUCUGCAGUGUGCCAUGAAGAUAUUUCCCAGGAGGUCCCCAUUGCCGGUAGAGAGCAAUGCCCAGGCUAGUGCGUGUCGGCAGACUGUGAAAUGACAAGAAGCUCUGCUUCCGGAAAUAUCCCUCUUGGACUCGAAAAACAAAGAGUUUGUGGAACCAAACUUGUCAUCAAAGACUUUCCUCCUGUGCAUAUCUGUGUGAGAAAGCUGCGAUGUGAACACCAUCUUAUUUAUGAACUCUUCCCUAAUAAACUUAACGCCGUGUCUAGGACACCUCUUAAGAGUAUGUGAUUCUUGCCAGAAUUAAAUGCUUGUCUAUGUCUAUACCUGCAAAUGAGCUGAAUGGUACUCUGAAUGUGUAGAUUUGUUGGUCGGAUAUAAUCAUAAAUUCCAAAUAAAAGUGGUGGAAUAUCGUU